CUUCUUCCGACAGAUAUUCCUUUAAAGGCGUAUUUAAAGCCCUUGCUUCAGUUGCAGGAGUAGCGGACAACCUAUGCAACAAAAGCUGCUGCAGAGCCGAACGACUGUCCGACAGCGGACAACAACACGGAGCCGGCGGCUGACACAACCCGGCGAGGUACGACUGCAGGGCUUAGGAUUGCAACCUGGACCAAACAACAACGUCGCAACGACAUUUAUGAAGCUUUCAUGGCCUUUUGAUUGAUCAGCCAAUCGAUGGGGAUUUUCAGAGGAGCUCCGCCCACCAUCGCCGCCUGCCCUCCGCCUUCUCCCCCAUCCCCCCGCGGCCUCCUCCUCGCCCCCACGCAUUCCGUCAUUAAGCCCUCCAUCCAGCCCUUUAUACACAAAAUGACUCUGGAACUCACCGAAUGGUCUUCUAUAUGGAUUUUUACAGCUUGUAAUAGACAGUAAAAAAAAAAAAAGAAAAAAGAAAAGAGGGAGAAACCUCAAUGACAAAAAAGCCAUAAACAUACACACCACACCACACACACACACACACACCCACACACAUACACACAUACAUACACACACAUACACACCCAAACACACCUGACACACACAGAAAGAAGCAAAUGCACAAACACACUCUUGGAAUGUACCGCACACUCUUCCUGUGAAAAUUCAACUGCUUCCAUUACUCUUCAUGAUUUUCUACAAGCCUCUGGAAAGCUGAUUUUACUAUUUUUUUCGACUCUGGGUGGAACAAAGGAGGAUUAAAAUGUGUUGAAUUUGAAGCUGUAGUAUUUUUGGAGGACAACUUGUUUUUAGGACGACUUGUUUAGAGGACAAGUGAUUGCUGAUUGAUUUUUUUUGUUUUGUUUUCUUUACAUCAACAGAUCUGGAAAUUCAGAUCUGUACUACAUCUAUAGAUCAAUUUAUUAAUUUACUGAGUUUACUUCUUUUAAAGCAGUAAUAGAUAGUAACUACUGUAAAACCAGCAAGUUACUACCACAGGUUGCAAUUUGUAGCUUGUAAAGAUUGUAAUUAAGUUACUUCUAGGAAGUCACUACCAGUUUUAAAGUAACAACAAGUAACUUGAUACGAGUAGUUUGUAAAAGCAGGGAAGUAGUAUUGUUUUUUCUUUGGUAAGUACAGGUAAUUGUUCUCAGAUUUGUCAGUGUUAGAAGGGGUGCCCUUGUUUUCUUACUGCGUGCAUGCCCUCCACCAUGCCUCCCCAGAACACAGAGGCUGACGCUAUGCAGGUCGGAUCUGUGGUGGGCGGGGCUAAUGCAAAAAACUCCACGGCAUCAGGCUCGGAUGAGGAGAAAGGAGGAGCGGGAGGCGAGACGGAUGGAUCGGGAAACGGAGGAGGAGGUCGAGGAGGGGAGGAGUCGGCAAGCGAGGGAUCGAUCGAAGGCAUCCCCUUGAAGAGAUGGGUGAUGCAUGGGGCCGUGAUGUUUGGCCGGGAGUUCUGUUACGCCAUGGAGACGGCACUGGUGACACCCGUACUGCUACAGAUAGGUCUUCCAGAGCAGUACUACAGUUUGACGUGGUUCCUCAGUCCGGUCCUCGGCCUCAUAUUCACUCCUCUGAUCGGCUCGGCCAGCGACCGCUGCACUCUGCGAUGGGGCAGGAGGAGGCCGUUCAUCCUGGCUCUCUGUAUAGGAACACUGAUAGGAGUGGCACUGUUUCUGAAUGGAUCGCUGAUAGGUCUGUCCAUGGGCGACGAGAAGGGUAAACAACCAAUAGGAAUUGUUCUCACUGUGCUGGGGGUGGUGGUGUUGGACUUUUGUGCAGACGCAACAGAGGGACCAAUCAGAGCGUACCUGCUAGAUGUGGCAGACACAGAGGAACAAGACAUGGCACUCAACAUCCACGCUGCCUCAGCAGGUCUUGGUGGUGCGGUCGGCUACGCUCUCGGAGGUUUAGACUGGACACACACCUUCCUUGGAGCAGUCUUUAAGUCCCAGGAGCAGAUCCUGUUCUUCUUCGCUGCCAUCCUCUUCUCUGUCUCUGUGGUGUUACAUCUCUUCAGCAUCGAGGAGCAGCAGUACUCGCCCCAAAAUGACAGGCUGGUCCAGGAGAGUCCAGAUCGCACCAACCUGCAACCAUCAGCCAAUGGCAGGACUGGACUUCUCACCCCCAAGCUGGAAUUGAUUGGAGAGAAUGAAACGAUUGACAGCUACGACCUGUAUAACACCUAUGAAGACGACCAGUCAGAGUGUGGGGAUAUGGACAUGGACUUCCUAGAGGUGGAGCUUGUGAGAAGUAAAAGUGACAGUGUUCUCGCCAUGGCAGACGCCACUCUCGACCACCUGGACCACGAUGCGUUGUUCCUGUGCCACCUCGAGCCGUCCAUCUUCGCUGACCGCCUCUCACCCUACCACGGCUCGCCUCCUACAACUGGUUCCUUCUUCAACCCCAAUCGCAGCACUCCGCCCCCCCGAUUCAGCAACAUCAGACGCAGCAGCAGCACAGGAAGUCAUGACCUGCUCCGCCCCCAAGCCAACAACCACCAACCACAAGCUCCCACCCCCAAGAUUUCCCGCCUCUCGGCUUUCUUGCAGGAAAUGGAAAAUGACGACGGUCAGGAGGCGUUGCUGAACAACCAGCUCAAUGAGCAGCGGACACUGAACGGGCGGCUGUUAGCCAGUGUAACUAACGCUGAUGGAGUUAACACUAACAGGCUGAGCUCUAAAGGUCAGGCACAUCGCGUUGGAAUGGUCAAAGCUGCCAGUACUGGAGACCCCAUGCGGCAGUCACGUCACUCACACGUCUUCUACCGCCAGCCGUCCUGUACCUUCUCCUACUACGGUCGAGUGGGGAGCCACCGCUACCGCUACCGCCGUGCCAACGCCGCUUUUCUCAUCAAGCCGUCUCGCAGCAUGAACGACCUGUACGAAGUGGAGGCCAGACACAGGAGGAGCGGCAAACAGAGAAACAGACACCGCAGCGGAAACACCACCUCUUCCAGCGGAGAUACAGAGAGCGAAGAGGGAGAGGUCGAGACUACCGUGCGGCUGCUGUGGCUGUCCAUGCUGAAGAUGCCUCCAGAGCUGCUGCGACUGUGUGCCUGUCAUCUGCUCACCUGGUUCUCCAUCAUUGCUGAGGCUGUCUUCUUCACUGACUUCAUGGGUCAAGUCAUCUACCAUGGAGAUCCUACCGCUCCUGCUAACUCUACUUUGUUGGAUGAUUAUCACAGAGGAGUUCAGAUGGGAUGUUGGGGACUGGUCAUAUAUGCCAUGACUGCUGCUACAUGCUCCGCUAUCCUUCAGAAGUACCUCGAUAACUUUGACCUGAGCAUUAAGGUCAUAUACAUCCUGGGAACGCUUGGAUUUUCCAUAGGAACUGCUUUCAUGGCAAUCUUCCCUAACGUGUAUGUUGCCAUGGUGAUGAUCAGCAGCAUGGGCAUCAUCUCCAUGAGCAUCUCCUACUGUCCUUACGCUCUGCUGGGACAGUAUCAUGAAAUAAAAGAGUACAUCCAGCACAGUCCUGGUAACUCCCGCAGAGGCUUUGGCAUUGACUGUGCUAUCUUAUCCUGCCAGGUUUACAUCAGUCAGAUCUUGGUGGCCUCAGCUCUGGGUGCUGUAGUGGAAGCUGUUGGCAGCGUCCGUGUCAUUCCCAUGGUGGCCUCUGGGGGCUCCCUCCUCGGAUUCCUCACUGCCUGCUUCCUGGUCAUUUACCCGCCCCACAACCGGGAGGGGGACUCAGCCAAAGCUUCAGAGAAACGGGCCUUGACAACGCUGGAAAAUCCCAACAGCAAUGAAGUGGCUGUUACCGUGGCGAUAGAGAAACCCAGCUUCUUGAAACUCAACAAGAAGGGCAAGGCCACCACCACUACCGCUUCCUGUCACACAGAGAAUGAGUCUGCCCUGUGAUUGACUGGCUAAGUCAACUGACACUUUGCUGUUAAAACAACUAAAUUCCCUUUUUAAAUUAUCGCUGAUGGAAAGACUUGUGCCACCGACCUCAUUGUGCUGGAGUUUACAGACACAAAGAAGAGAGGGAAGGGCGGUUGGCACGAGUUCGGUCCGCUCUUGGUGUCUGUUCUUUGACAGGCCUUUUCUGAUUUGGCGUGUCUUGAUUUGCUGAAGAAAACAACUCAAUCUAAAAUGGGACCAGUGAAACACCAGACCAACUUACCCAACAAAAAAGCAUUCUGGUCCUAGUUCUGUUUCAGCCUUCACCGAAAUUCCUUCCACUUAGACCUCACGGACAUUAGAGUGAUCCAUCAGGGUCGUCCAGAAGUGAGUAAUUCAUUGGUCAUGGUUUUAAGGAGAGGUUGUCUCUGUCUCUCAGGGCCUCUAGGAGGUGCUACUGAGCAGCCGCCUGGACAGGAAACUUCAGGGGACUCACACACACAUACAAACACAUGUACACACACCUCUUCAUCUGGGGUCAACGCAAUCAAAUGAACACCUAAAUAAUGAACGCUGUUGAAGAACAUUAGUCCUCGAAGCUGCAAUCAUUCAAGAAUGCUGAAAAUUGUUCUUCCUCGCUGUGGAAUCGGCUUGAUCGAAUCUUUGCUCCGUGAUGCAGAAACUGCUGGACGAGUGUGUGUGUGUCGGAGGCAUCGUGUUCACCAAAAUAAACCCAACAACACACUCGGCUUUGCUGGACUUUUACAGCACUCUGAGACAGUAGCUUUAAGACUCUAGAGACUUUUUGGAAGAAGCAUUUCUGAAACUAAUAGCCCGAAGCCUGGUUCCUGGGGAAAAAAUAUUGAUCUUGAGUCCCCAGAUUGAUUGCAAGUGUUUUUUCCCCUGCCCUCCUCCACAUGGCAGGAGUGCCAUCUUUAAUUUAGCCUUCACUCCAGGGCAAAGUUGACAAUAUUUAAGAGCAUGAGCAUAAAGUUGCCCCUAUAUUAAGAAAUAUUAUAUAAGAAAGCGCAUAGACAUGCGCAGUAUACAGGGCAUUCAAAUCCCAAAUAUUAUUUUCAUGAUUUAUUGAGGGCCCAGAAUGAUGCUUCAGUUUGUUUUGAAUAAUCAGACUAACCUAUGUGCUGCAUGUUAGAGAAGAGACAAACCAAACAGCAGAGGAGAAGAGAGUUGUGGCGUUGUUUCUAUUUUCUCUCUGCUUUCUUGCUUAUUUUUUUAUUUUUUUAGAAAAUGCUGUUAGCCAGUGUUUGUCACUAACUGCACAUUAGCUGAGCCAUUGUUGAAAUAGUGUUAAAUAGCAUUCAGAGAGAAAAGUGUUUGAAAUCCUCUUUGGGACUUUGGGGGUAUUGGAUUUGUUCGUCUUAGGACACCAGCAGGACGGAGCUGGAAUGGGACACAAGAAUAUUAAAAUGGAUCCUGGAUAUAUUGAAAGAAAAAUGUAUAGUAAACAUGAUGUUUCGAGUGGGUAUAAAUAUUAUGUAAGAGAGGCAAAAAUGAAUCCUCUAUUGUUGACAGGUUUAGCCUCGAGGAUAUAUGCUCCUGUUUUAGAUUGUUUCCACUGUACUGGGCCCAAUAUAAUAAGUAGAGAGAAGCAGAUCUGUGUGUUUUACGCUGAAGGGUUUAGAAGAGGGGAGAGGGAUUUAGAUUAAAGGAGGACUGGAGAAAUGUUUUCACCGUAAGAUAAUAGACAAUUUGGGAAAUGCACUUCUUCGCUUUGUUGCUGAGUUAUAUGAGAAGAUUGAUACCACUCUCAUGUCUGUAUGCUAAAUAUGAAGCUACCGCCAGGAGGCGGUUAGCUUAGCUUAGCAUAAAGACUGGAAAUGAGGAAACAGCUAGCCUGGCUCUGUUCAAAGGUAACAAAAUCCACCUACCAGCACCUCUGAAGCUCACUAAUGAACACAUUGUCUCUCGUUUGUUUAAUCCGCACAAAAAAACGAGGUGCUGGUAGGCAGAUUUUGUUACCUUUGUUCCCAGUCUUUACACUAAGCUAAGCUAAACACCUUGUGGCUCUAGUGUCAUAUUUAGCAUACAGACAUGAGAGUGCGAUCAAUCUUCUCAUUUAAGUUUUGGCAAGAAAGCAAAUAAACGUAUUUCCCAAAAUGUCAAACUUUUCCUUUUAAAUGUUCGAACUAAAAUUUUCAUUGUCCCUGCAAAAAGUUUACCACCAAAAGCAAGCUUGCCCUUGCCCAGAAUGUAUUAUAUAUUGAUCCUAACAGCUUUAGUGGCUUCUGAAAAACGGCUGAACGGCUGCAUCUGCUGUUUCAUGAGGGCAAGCGGUAGCAGCAGUGUGAUGGUGGAUGAGGAAGUAAAACUGUUGAGUUCAGCUUUACUUAUACCCUGACAAAUCACAAAAAUAUUUUAUUAAAAACACAAGAGGGGAUACAUUCAUCUUGUAUAAACUCUUACUAAUAAUGAUUUUGUGUGUAGACCGAUAAGGUAAAAUAAUCUAAAUCUUUGAAAUGUUUCAAUAGCUGACGAUGCUGGACGUGUAAAAAGAAAGAGAAAAUGAAAGAUUUAAGAUUUUAUUGCAUCGUUUGUUUUCUGACUAAUCAGGUUUUUUGCUGCAAUAACGGCCUCUGUUAAUGAGCUGGGGGGAGAGGACUGUGUGGGGGUUUGGCAGGCAGAGCAGGGUUGUUUGUGGUGAAAUCUUUCUGAAAACGGAGUGUUUUUUCCUACAUCUAUCAGAGUGAAAGGCUGUGGAUUUGGGUCAGUUUUCCUUUCAGCUCAAUCAGCUGAAACAUGCAAAUUGAAAUGAAAGAACGUUUUAUUUUAGUGUGUAUUAAAGCAUUUAGCGGAGAAGCUUAUUUUACAAAAAUGUUUGAGAGAGUUCACUCACUGAUAGUGCGGUUGUUAUUUUUUUCCCCCUUGGAUUGGUGUUGGUGCAGAGUUUAACCCUGUUUUUAACAAAAUAGAUUCCUUCCAUAAUUUCAGGUACAUUCAGUCAGUCCCAGAGCAGAGUAGAGAGAGAGUAUUUUACUUCCUGGGUUUACCUUGCUCUGUCUGUGGCGCUGGCACAGAAAAAGCAGGGAUUGGAUGAUGACAAAAGACGAGGAGGUACAGAUGUUUUGAGCUUUUGUAACCACUAGGGCAAUAAAAUAUUCUGGAUAAAAAAUGGACACGCAAUUUCAGUUUAAGGACAAACAUGAAGCUUAAAAAUAAAAAACUUUGGGUUUGGGUGGUUUGCAUGCGACAACAGCAAUAUGCAUGUGUGGAACACCAAAGUAUGACUACAAAUCACAAAAGCGCUUUUCUUUAUUGUCCUAAUAGGUCAGGGAUGUAUUUUCUAAUGCAUGGCUGGAUGUUUGUGUCUUUUUGUUUGAUCUUAAAUGUGUAAAAAAAAAAAAAACAACAUGUACUCUUUAAGCUGAAGCUCGGUCUGGGUCAGUACACUCUUAACAAGCAUGUGACUUUUUAAAAUGUUUUUGCACAUUAACGAGUAAAGUUUCAGACAGCACACAUUGCGUUGCUUUUCAACACAACAUACAUGUGGAUGGAAGGUGUUGAAAUGUUAAAAGACAAGAUGUGUGUCGUCCCGAGUGACAAUCCUUGUUAAAAGUGUAGGUGAGAAACUCCAGGCUGUGAAUACUUGAAGUGCAACUUGAGUGUUUCUGUUCCAAUGUAGUAGGAAGUCUGAUUUUUGGGGAUUUUUUGUUCAUAAUGUCCCAAGCCUUUUUACCGCAGACUCUGGAAUGUUCAGACAGCAGCUCGGCGCGCUGGGAGAUUGAGUUCUUACCUUUUGAUUCCAUCUUGUGACUUAAAUGUUUUUUAAAAAGUCAAUGAAUGUGAAGGGAUUUCAGCCGAAAUCAUUUUUGUUUUGAUGUUCGACAAGCCAGUGGGAGGGAAUGGGGGAGUGGGUCUCACAUUGCACAGAACUUGCACAUAAUAAGUAAAAAUAACUAAAAAAAACAGAGAAGUGUGUUGCUAAAGGAAGAAAAAAAAACUGUGGAUAUUUAUUUUUUUCAGCUUUCUUGCCUAUAAAAGACACUUUUCACUUAGUUUCCAUAAGAAUACAUUCAAGCUGUUCUAUAUGCUGUUACGGGAGAUGUUACGGAAGUGGACUGGAUUGUGUGUGAGUGUGUUUGUGUGUGUGUGAGCAGUCGUCUCACAGCUGCUCACAUGUAAAGCAAAAGGCAAGACUGUGUUAAAAAUGUCAUCUCAGUGUUCUUGUUCUCUGUUCUUUGCAAUCACCUGGUUUACACUUAACUCUGGAAUCGAUGGCUGCAAUACCGGAUGUUAUUUACGAGUCGUUAUUGUUCUGGUGUUUUAACUCAACUAGAAAAUGUCUUUUUUUUGUUUUGUUUGUAUCUGUUUGAUUUUUGUAGGCAGAGCCACACAUGAGAGUUUGGCCUUUGCACUUUUUCAGUGGCAGCCAUGUUGGCUCCACCGUCCUGAUCAUUGAAUGAAUGUGUUGAUGUGGUGAUGCUGUUUCAUGUUUCCAUCCUGCAGCUGUCAGCGGCGGCAGCGUGACGGCCAUGCAGUUAGUCCAACCUGGCCAGACUCAAUGUGUGUGUGUGGCUCUGCUUCUAGUAAACUGUGUUAAUGACGGAGGAGAGAAAUGCCUAUAUACUUUGAUCUUCACAGAGAUUAAAUCAAGAAGAAUACUUAAAGAAUGGGAAAGCAAGUAUGUGCAGUGUACCAUAUAUAAUAUGCCUUGUUAUUUGAAAAAAAAGAUGUAAAUAUACAUACUUCUCUUUUUAGUUUCUUCUUUUUUGCUGCUAUAAAAAAGAUGAUUAUUUUUGUUAGUAGUUUUGUUUUCUAUAUAAAGACUGUAUAUAUCUCUAUGUUCUGUAAAUAAGCUUGAGCCUUCAUAUGUAGGACUCUGGAUGAACACUGUAUGGAACGCACCUUUAAAAUCUGGUCAGAAGUAAA